AUGCAUACUUUGUAUGAGCUACAAUUAGCUGUGAUUUUUUGGUCUUAUCAGCGCGCUUUGCCCGCUCACUUGUUGUCGUGGCAUGAUCUUCCAGAUGGCUCCUCGCCAAUAAGUCACAUGGUUGCUGGCUCCUGUGCUGGAAUUAUGGAGCAUAGCGUAACCUACCCAACCCGGUUGCAGUGCCUGCGCCCUUUAGGUGCUCACCGAUAUAUCAGUUUGACUGAGGGUCUUAAACAGCUCUUUCGUCAAGAGGGAUUUCUUCGGUCUUUUCGUGGAAUCGGAGCCGUAGUUUUUGGUGCAGGCCCAGCUCACGCACUCUACUUUGGUCUAUACGAGCACAUGAAAUCUAUUCUUGUCUCCCAGACACGCCCCGAUUCCAGUUACAAUCACUUCGCUCACGCGCUUAGCGGGACCUGUGCGACUGUCGCCCAUGACGCUGUUAUGACUCCCGCCGAUGCCAUCAAACAGCGUCUGCAGAUGUUCAACAGUCCAUAUCACAACACCUUGGACUGCCUACGAAGGGUUUGUCGGAAUGAAGGCUUCGGAAUCCUAUAUCGCGCCUAUCUCACCCAGCUCUCCACCAACGUACCCUUCCAAUGCAUCCAGUUUAUGACAUACGAGUUACUCCAGCAGAAAUUGAACCCCUCCAAGGAGUAUCUACCGUGGACGCACAUUAUCUCGGGCGGGUUAGCCGGUUCCACCGCUGCGGCCCUUACCACCCCAAUGGACGUGUGUAAAACUGUCCUUAACACGCAGACCUACGGUGGAAGCAGACCUGGUGGAGUGGGUGUUUCCAACGAGGCGAUUGUCCCGCCUGCCGCUAAGCCGGUCAUCAGGGGUCUCUUCGGAGCAUGUCGGGCGGUGGUGCAGUCUCAAGGUGCUUAUGGUCUCUUUCUGGGCAUGAACGCGCGUGUCGUGGCCGCUUUGCCAGGCACAGCCAUCUCUUGGUCCGUCUAUGAGUACUUCAAGUGGGCGCUCUCCAAGUCCACCGUCGAUUUCGGUGCCUCCCCCUACGUCCUCUGUUACCUUAGUAUGACAGAGAGCGAACAAUGGAAAAACCUCUUAGCGGAGCUUAAGGAAAUCGGUAAGGGUGUCCAGCCCAUCUCAUCAUUAAGUCAAGAUCAAGCUGCUGAAAAUCUGGCGUCCCCCGCAAUUGACGCAAACUCUUCCGAUUCCUCUCGUUUGCGUUGCCCAAAUGAUGAUCCUAGCGAUAGAACUGACAAUGAAGUUAGCAAGGCAGAGAAAUCAUACAUAAAUAAACUUCUCAACACAAAACUUGUGGAGACGCAAGCUAGCGAUAUCGAAAUGUUACGGGAAGAUCCAUCAAAUCCACUGCACUCAGUUAAAACCUUCCAGGAUUUAAAAUUGGAUCCUCGACUUUUAAAGGGUAUUGCAGCAUUAGGAUUUUACAAGCCAUCAGCCAUUCAGGAAAAAGCCCUCCCUUACCUGAUCGGUGACAGUCCACGCAAUAUGAUUGCUCAAGCGCAGUCGGGCACUGGCAAAACCGCCACUUUCCUCCUAGCAAUGCUGAGUCGCGUUGAUAUCACCUUCGAGCGAUGCCAGUGUCUCUGUAUGGCUCCUACUCGCGAACUAGCCAUACAGAUAGCCACUGUUGGCCGAGAAAUGUCUCGAUUUAUCCCAAAAAUCGCUUUUGGUCUGGCUAUCAGAGAAGAAAUCCCCGCUGUUGAUCAGGACGGCUAUGUCAAGAGUCAGAUAGUCAUUGGUACGGCGGGUACAGUGUCGUUGUGGAUGCGAGGGACAGGCCCCUAUCGUCUCGAUCCCCACGCCCUGCAGAUGUUCGUCCUUGACGAGGCAGACAUAAUGAUGGAAGAGUCUGGCUUCUUGCACACUUCCAGAAGGAUUGUGCAGAGACUACCGAAAACUUGUCAACUCCUCCUUUUUUCGGCUACCUACGACGAGGAAGUGAUUGAGUUUGCUAGAACCAUUAUCCCUGAUCCAGUAGAGUUUCGAGUGCGGCGCAAUCAGCUAACCUUGACCAAUAUCAAGCAAGUCUACCUCUUCGCCCCCACUACAGAGGAGAAGUACGAUCGUCUCAGCGAGAUUUAUGGCUCUUUCCACGUGGGCCAGGCCAUCAUCUUCUGUGCGACUCGACGGGAGGCUAGUUGGCUGCAGCGUCAAAUGACCCGCGACGGUCACAAGGUGGUCCUCCUCUCCGGCGAGCUGGAUGUGCGUCAACGCGAAGCUGUAAUUGAAGACUUCCGCAAAGCCAACUUCCGCGUUCUCAUCACUACAAACCUCUGCUCCCGUGGCCUUGAUGUUCCUCAGGUCAAUUUGGUUAUAAAUUGGCGACUGCCACUGGACAGGCAGGGUCGGGUGGACUGCGAAACCUACCUUCACCGCAUCGGCCGUUCCGGUCGCUUUGGCAAAGGCGGUCUGGCCAUAAACUUCGCUGGUCCUGCCGACGAGAAUUUGCUCCAACAAAUUGAAAACCACUUUGACAUAACUAUUCCAAUGUUGACCAACGAAACACUCAACGAUCUCUGA